AUAAUAAAUAGGUAUUAAAUAUUUGAAUGUUUGUUUUUAAUGUUACUAUUAUUGUAAAUAUUAUGUUCGUUUUAAAUUAGUGUAUGUAUGUAUAUUAUUAUUGAAUGUAUCAAAUACAUUAAAUCAUCAAUUGAAGAGACUGAUUGAAAAACCAAAAAAACAAUGUCAUCUGUACGCAUGCAAUAUUUUGUAACCAGGUUAAAGUCCAAAAACUUAGAAAUCCGUAAACGUGCUGCUCGAGAUUUAAAUCUCUAUGUUAAAACUGAACUACGUGAAGUAUCAGCAGAAGAGCGUGCAGUUUUUAAUGACGAAUUUAACCAACAUAUAUAUGAAAUGGUGUCAAGUUCUGACAGCAAUGAGAAAAUUGGUGGAAUACUUGCUAUAUUGUGUUUAAUUGGUGCUGAUGUUGGCAAUAAAAAUAACCGUAUUAGUAGGUUCGCAAACUAUCUACGUAAUUUAUUGCCAUCUGCCGAUUCAGCAGUAAUGGAGCUUGCUGCCAAAACAGUUGGAAAAUUAGCCUUGGAUUCUGGCACUUAUGCAGAUCAGUAUGUUGAAUUUGAGGUGAAAAGAGCAUUUGAAUGGUUAGGUGGUGUAAGAAAUGAGCCCAAAAGAUAUGCUGCAGUGCUCAUACUCAGAGAAAUCGCUACUAUGGUACCCACUCUGUUUUUUCAACACGCAGCUCAAUUUUUUGAUUUGGUGCUAAAUGUAGCGCGUGAUCCAAAACCAAACAUUAGAGAUGGGGCUGUAGAAGCAUUAAGAGCAGCUCUUGUUGUAACUGCUCAAAGAGAAACCUCUAAACAGACACAGAAAUCUGAAUGGUACAAGCAAUGUUACGAAGAAGUUAUGAAUGGAAUAGAUGAUUCUAUUAAUAAAGAAAAAGGAAUUGUUCGUGAUGAUAAAAUACAUGGAUCAUUAUUAGUGUUGAACGAAUUGCUGAGAGUCAGCAAUGUGAAUUGGGAAAGACGAAAUGACUCUUUGAUGCAAAGAUUGCAGUGGGAUCAAAGUCAGACUAGUGCGGAAAUACUGAGUUUAUUACCUCGGACAAAGUCUGCUUUAAAAGGACUCGUGGGUGGUUCUGGACGAACAGAUGAUGACUCAGUAAGAAUCGCAUCAUCAGGUAUUCGAUACGAAAGUAGUGCUUGUAAAAAUCUACUGCAAGAAAACUAUGAUCGAGUGUGUUCAUCAGCAAUAUCUCAUAGAAUGUGCAGAAAUCUUUUAGUGAAUUCUGCUCUGAUGAAAUUGCUUCCUAGAUUAGCUGCGUUCAAUAAAUCAAUUUUUGUUCAAAACUACUUAAAUUCUUCAAUGCUGUUUCUUCUUGCAACUAUUCGUGGUCGUGAUCGUGAUCAACGGACUUAUGCAUUUGUUGCUGUUGGUCUAGUAGCAAUAGCUAUUGAAGAUCAUAUUAAACCGUAUUUAUCCAAAAUUGUAGAAUUGAUACGUAGUUUCUUACCAUCCAAGGAUAGCUCAAAAAAAAAACCUAUAAAUUCUGAACCAGCGGUGUAUGUUUGUAUUACAUUAUUGGGAAUCGCUACUCAACACAAUAUUAAGAAUGAUCUUAAAGAACUUCUUGAACCUAUGUUGGCCAUGGGCCUCAGUCCUACUCUUACUAUAGCUUUUAAAGAAUUAGCAGUAGCUGUACCUGCAUUAAAAAAAGAUAUAUCUGAUGGAUUACUGAAAAUACUGUCUCAAGUGCUUAACAACCGUAAUACUUCAAUAGCUUUGCCAUUAUCUGUUACAAGUUCUGCGCUCAGUUUGUCAUUGAUGCCAUCAGCUUUCGAGUCUCAAAAUAUUUCAAAUAUUGUUUUGGCUCUCAGAACACUUGGUAGCUUCAACUUUGAAGGGCAUUCUUUACUGCAAUUUUUACGUCGCUGUGCUGAGCAUUAUCUUGGAAGUGAACAACAGGAAGUCCGAAUUGAAUCUGUUCGAACAUGUAGCCGUUUAUUACGUUUGGCAAUUGAGUCGCCACAAAGUAAAACAUCUCAUACUGUUAGAUACACAAUUUCUACAGUAAUCAAGCAACUACUGGUCGUUGGAGUUGCUGAUACUGAUCCUGAUGUGCGUUAUGUAGUGUUUGAGAAUCUCGACCGUAGUUUUGAUUUUUAUCUAGCUCAAGUUCACAAUCUUACCGCAUUAUUUAUGGCUAUGAAUGAUGUAAAUUUUGAAAUAAGAGAAAUGGCCCUCUGUACUAUAGGACGGCUUAGCCUGGUAAAUCCUGCUUAUGUAAUGCCACCAUUACGCAAAACACUGAUGCAGUGCUUGACUGAACUUGAACAUAGUGGAAUGGGUCGUAAUAAAGAACAAAGUGCCAGAAUGAUUGACCACAUGGCUGUUCACGCUCCUCGUCUUGUGGCUCCAUAUGUGCAACCAGUUUUAAAAAUAUUGGUUCCUAAACUUCAUGAACCGGAUUUAAAUCCGAGUAUUUUGAUAAGUAUACUUGCAUGCAUUGGAGAUUUGGCACAGGUAAAUGGAGAAGAAAUGUGUUGUUGGACUGAUGAACUGUUGCCUUUCUUAUUGGACAUGUUAGGCGAUGGUGCAUCCCAAGAAAAACGUGGAGUUGCUCUGUGGGUACUUGGUAAAUUAGUUGAAGGACUUGGGUACGUCAUUCAACCAUAUGAAAAAUACCCUUCAUUAUUGGACACUUUACUGGGAUUUUUAAAAACCGAACAACAACCUAUAGUCAGAAGAGAAACAAUACGGGUACUAGGACUCCUUGGAGCUUUAGAUCCUUAUAAACAUAAAAUGAACUUGGGACAGAUUGAUUCUCAAAUCGAGUCUACUGCUUUACUCUCGAUGACUGAUCCUCGUCCUAUAUCAGAAACCGAAUGGACGACUAGUGAAAUGUUAGUAAACAUGAGUACAUCAACAUUGGAAGAAUAUUAUCCGGCCGUAGCGGUUGCAACACUUAUACGCAUAAUUCGUGAUCCAAAUUUAUUUCAACAUCACACUAUGGUUGUACAAGCUAUAACAUUUAUUUUUCAAUCUUUGGGUAUAAAGUGUGUGGCAUACAUACCACAAGUUAUGCCCAGUUUUUUAAAUGUAAUUCGUACAGCAGAUGCCAACUUCAGAGAAUAUCUAUUCCAGCAGUUGGGUGUACUUAUAAAUAUUGUUGGGCCACACAUCCGCAACUAUUUGGAUGAUAUAUUUUUAUUAAUUAAAGAAUUAUGGAUCCCGAAUAGUUCACUACAAUGUACUUUAAUCCAACUAGUCGAGUACAUAGUCGUGGCGCUUGGAGCACAAUUUAAAACCUACUUAUCUCAAUUAAUGCCUAAUAUACUAAGAAUACUUUAUCAUGACUCUAGUAAAAACCGCAAUGUUACUAAAAGGAUGGUUGUAGCUUUAUGUAAAUUUGGUAUUAAUUUGGAUGAAUAUUUACACAUGAUUAUGCCACCACUAGUAAACUUAUUCGAUGCUACUGAUCAUCCUACUCAAGUCAGCCAGGUGGCAAUGGAAACUGUUGCACAAUUAGCAUACACCUUGGAUUUUACCGACUAUGCAUCACGCAUAAUACAUGGAAUUGUAAAUUCUAUAGAAAGUACACCAGAACUUAGAAAAACUGCCAUGGAAACAUUAUGUGCAUUGAUAUGUCAAUUGGGUCGCAAAUAUAUGAUUUUUAUGCCACUUGUUGCUCGUACUUUAAAUAAAUGUCAAUACAAUUAUCCCCCUUAUGACAUGCUCAUUACUUAUAUAUCAUCAAACACUGAUGGAAGUCUAGAAGAAAACCUGUUGCUUUCUAGACACAAGCAGUUUAAAAGUAAAAAAGAAGUUGGUGUACAUUUAGUUGGAGAUGCGGCUACCAUAAUAAAGAAGAUGCAUACGUCAUUGCCGAAUUUACAAAAAGCCUGGUUGGCGAAUCGUUGUGUAUCUAAAGAUGAUUGGCUAGAGUGGUUAAGACGACUAGGCAUUGAUUUCUUGAAAGAAUCACCAUCACCAGCACUGCGUUCAUGUUGGGCACUUGCCCAAACAUAUUCUCAGUUGCCCAAAGAUCUGUUCAAUGCAGCGUUUGUCAGUUGUUGGACAGAAUUAACAGAACCACUUCGAAAAGAGCUAAUACAGACUUUAGAACAGGCAUUGAUGGUUUCUGAUCUUCCUGAAAUGACACAGACUAUAUUGAACUUGGCAGAAUUUAUGGAUCACUGUGAAAAAGGACCAUUGCCAAUUGACCCUCAUAUACUUGGUGAAAGAGCUAUGGACUGCAGAGCUUACGCAAAAGCUCUGCACUACAAAGAAGAUGAGUACAUCCAAGAGAUAAAUAGUCAAGUAUGCCCAAAUAUUAUUGAAUCACUUAUAUCCAUUAACAACAAAUUACAGCAAAAAGAGGCCGCAUCGGGUCUGUUGGAAGUAGUUAUGAGUAAGCAAGAAGAAGACCAAGAACCUGGUGAACAGUUGAAAAUACAAGCAAGGUGGUUCGAAAAACUACAUAACUGGGAACAAGCAUUGUCAUGUUACGAAGGGUUUUUGCAAAAGGAACCAAAUGAUAUAGAAUGGUCAUUAGGAGAAAUGAGAUGUUUGGAAUCUUUGGGUCAAUGGGGAAAGCUGAAUAAUGUGGCUGCUUCUCAUUGGUUACAUUUUCCCGAAAGUGGGCGUGAAAAAAUGUCAAGGGUUGCUGCAGCUUCAGCCUGGGGACUAAAACAGUGGCAAAAAAUGGCAGUUUAUGUGGAUUUCAUACCGAGAGACACUAUGGAUGGGGCCUUUUAUAGAGCAGUUUUAUCUAUUCAUGGAGAACAGUAUGAACAUGCUCAGAAAUUUAUUGAUUUGGCUCGGGAAAUUUUGGAUACCGAACUUACAGCAGCCGCAGCAGAAAGUUACCAAAGAGCUUAUGGUGCCAUGGUUUCUGUACAAAUGUUAUCUGAACUUGAAGAAGUUAUUCAAUAUAAACUUAAACCAGAGAAACGUCCGAUUAUUUACAAAGUUUGGUGGGACAGGCUUCAGGGAUGUCAAAGAGUUGUAGAAGAUUGGCAGCGUAUAAUUCAAGUACAUUCAUUGGUGUUAAAUCCCGAAGAAGAUAUGCAUACAUGGCUUAAGUAUGCUGCUUUGUGUCGCAAAUCAUCACGCUUGGUAUUGUCUCAUAAGACUCUCACAACAUUAUUGGGUAUAGAUCCUUCAAAAAAUCCUUCUGAACCAUUACCAAUGACACAUCCUCAAGUCACAUUUGCAUACAUUAAGCAUAUGUGGACUUCUGGGACUAAAGCGGAAGCCUUCAAUCAUUUGAAUAGUUUGAUCCAAUACGUGCUGCCACAAUUAAAACGAAAAGGGAAAGAUAGUGAGAAACAUAGAAGUGAUCCUACUAAAAAAUUAUUGGCCAGAUGCUAUUUAAAGCUAGGUAAUUGGCAAGAAGAGCUUCAGGGUUUGACUGAAUUGUCAAUACCAAAUGUUUUAGAACACUACAAAGAGGCAACAGUUCAUGAUGUUAGCUGGUAUAAAGCAUGGCAUUCGUGGGCGUAUAUGAAUUUUGAAACGGUUCUUUUCUACAAACAUAAACAAAAUAAGUCACAGUCAAAUGAUCAUACUGCAGAAAAAGUAAUAACUGAUAAAGCUAGCUCUGAGUUUCCAAAGUCUGAUCAAUAUAUUUCGAAUUUUACUGUACCUGCAGUUGAAGGAUUUUUUAAAUCUAUCGCACUGUCUCAGGGUAGUUCACUACAAGAUACAUUGAGGCUCUUAACUCUUUGGUUUGAAUAUGGUCAAGAUCAUAAUGUGUAUGAAGCCAUUGUUGAUGGCUUGAAAUCUAGUCAUAUCAAUACAUGGUUACAAGUGAUACCUCAACUGAUUGCUCGCAUUGACACGCCUCGUACACUAGUCAGUCGUCUGAUUCAAGUUCAGCUAAUCGAUAUAGGCAAACACCAUCCUCAGGCUUUGGUUUAUCCACUGACUGUUGCAAAUAAAUCUGCCAGUGCAGCACGUAGGAAUGCUGCAAGAAAAAUCUUAAAAACAAUGUGUGAACAUAAUCCAAUUUUAGUGCAGCAAGCAGUCAUGGUUAGUGAUGAACUACUUAGGGUAGCCAUACUUUGGCAUGAAUUGUGGCAUGAGGCCUUGGAAGAAGCCAGUAGGUUGUAUUUUGGUGAAAAUAAUGUAAAAGGCAUGUAUGAAGUGUUAGAACCAUUGCAUGCUAUGUUGGAAAAAGGACCAGAGACUCUGAAAGAAACAUCAUUUAACCAAACAUAUGGUAGAGAUUUGGUUGAAGCUUUAGAAUGGUGUAAUCGUUAUCUGGUUUCUGGCAAUAAUCGUGAUUUGAAUCAAGCAUGGGAUUUAUAUUAUCAUGUUUUCCGUCGAAUAACUAGGCAAUUGCCCCAACUUACAAAUUUAGAACUUCAGUAUGUCAGCCCACAAUUACAUCAAAGUCGUAAUAUGGAACUUGCAGUUCCAGGUUCAUACAUACCUGGUCAACCUAUUGUCAGGAUUGCUUACAUUCAAAGCUCAUUGAGUGUAAUCACUUCUAAACAACGUCCUCGCAAGUUAGUUAUUAAAGGUAGUGACGGAAAUGAAUUUAUGUUCUUGUUGAAAGGCCAUGAAGAUCUUAGACAAGAUGAAAGAGUAAUGCAACUUUUUGGCUUGGUCAAUACACUAUUGCUUAAUGACCCUGACACGUUCAGAAGGAAUUUAACUAUUCAGAGAUAUGCCGUGAUACCUUUAUCAACUAACUCAGGUCUCAUUGGUUGGGUACCUCAUUGUGACACUUUGCAUACUCUAAUACGUGAUUUCAGAGAAAAGAAGAAGACAUUAUUGAAUAUAGAACACAGAAUCAUGUUAAGAAUGGCACCAAACUACGAUCAUUUAACAUUAAUGCAAAAGGUUGAAGUAUUUGAACACGCUUUGACUAAUAGCAAUGGAGAUGAUCUAGCAAGGUUACUGUGGCUCAAGUCUCCAUCAUCUGAAGUUUGGUUUGAUCGUAGAACAAAUUACACAAGAUCAUUGGCUGUGAUGUCUAUGGUUGGCUAUAUACUCGGAUUAGGAGACAGGCAUCCUUCAAAUUUGAUGUUGGACCGUUUAAGUGGAAAAAUAUUACAUAUAGAUUUUGGUGAUUGUUUUGAAGUGGCCAUGACACGUGAAAAGUUUCCAGAAAAAAUUCCUUUCAGACUUACUAGAAUGCUUAUUAACGCUAUGGAAAUCACUGGUAUUGAGGGAACUUACCGUAGAACCUGUGAAAGUGUCAUGACUGUGCUUCGAAACAACAAAGACAGCUUAAUGGCUGUUCUUGAGGCUUUUGUGUAUGACCCGUUGCUAAAUUGGCGUCUAAUGGAGGCUGGUGUCUGUGCUCGGAGAACAGCAGCUGCAACUGCUGGUGCUACAGUUGUCGGGACAAAUCCUAUAAGUGCAGCCUCUGCGGCUACUACAGUUUCGGAAGAAACGAACAUGGCUACUAGUUUUGCAGCUUCUCUUAGUAAAAAAGCUGCUCCUAUGAAUGUUGGUCCGGGAGGUGAUAUUGGUAACAUUGAGACUGAGCCAACUGAAGCAUUGAACAUGAAAGCUCUAGCUAUCGUCACAAGAGUUCGUGAAAAAUUGACUGGUAAAGAUUUUAUUCAUGAACAAGAACUAACUGUCCCCAGACAAGUAAAUUUACUCAUACAACAGGCCACUGCCAACGAAAACCUUUGUCAAUGCUACAUUGGUUGGUGUCCGUUUUGGUGAAGUUUCAUACUACAGCUAUUGUUACAAAAUUACACAAUUCACUAUACAUUAUCGUUAUUACAUUUUUUACAUUAAUUUAAGAUUCAAAACGUUUUAAGAAUGUUUAAUGUAGGUAUUAAAAUGUGUAUAUACUUUU